UUCAACCGCGUGCGAAUUUCAAUACGUUUCGAAACGACCGCAUUUUGGUCAAAAAAACAGAGGGUAUGCAGCGCCAGAAACCCAAGGGACCCGGCAAACCGGGUCCGCGUUUCAAGCCGGGUUCCGGCACGUUCAAAGGAGCUGCUGGUGGGCGGAAAAGCGGCGACAACAGCCAAAAGCGUCCGCGCCAGGAGAUCAACAAGUCGCGACUGGCCGCCACCGAAGCGGAGAUCCAAGAACUCAAGACCAAAUACGCAGAGAUCGAUGCUACUGCCAUUAAGAAGUUCGCCCAGUUUCCGCUGUCCAAGAAGACCCAAAAGGCACUGGCGGAGUCCAAGUUCGUUCAUCCCACGCAGGUGCAACGGGACAGCAUUGGACCCGCACUGCAGGGCAAAGAUGUGCUGGGCGCGGCCAUCACAGGCAGUGGCAAGACACUGGCCUUUCUCAUACCCGUUCUGGAGCAUCUGUUCAUGAACAAAUGGUCGCGCACCGAUGGCGUUGGCGCAAUCAUCAUCUCGCCCACCCGCGAGCUGGCCUACCAGAUCUUCGAGACCCUAAAGAAGGUUGGCAAGCACCACGACUUCUCCGCCGGCCUCAUCAUCGGAGGCAAGAACCUGAAGUUCGAGCGGACUCGCAUGGACCAGUGCAACAUACUGAUCUGCACACCCGGCAGGCUGCUGCAGCACAUGGACGAGAAUCCUCUCUUCAAUACAAGCACCAUGGAGAUGUUGGUCCUGGAUGAAGCCGAUCGUUGUUUGGAUAUGGGUUUCCAGAAGACUCUAAAUUCAAUCAUAGAAAAUUUCCCACCUGCGCGUCAAACGCUGCUAUUCUCGGCCACGCAAACGAAUACGGUGCAGGAUUUGGCGAGGCUUAAUCUAAAGGAUCCGGUCUACGUAGGCUACGGAGGAGCGACGCCAGGCGAAGAGCCCAAUGCCAGCACGAAGAAGGCUCCGAACACAGCUGUGUUGGCAGUUCCCGAGCUUUUGCAGCAGAGCUAUGUGGUGUUGAACCUGGAAGACAAGAUCACCAUGCUGUGGUCGUUCAUCAAGAACCAUUUGAAGCAGAAGAUCAUUGUGUUCGUGUCCAGUUGCAAGCAGGCCAAGUACCUGUACGAGAUAUUUUGUAAACUGCGGCCGGGUAGCCCGCUGCUGGCUCUCUAUGGAACCCUCCAUCAGGAUCGUCGUAUUGCCAUCUACGAGGAUUUCCUUCGCAAGAGCCACGUCGUCAUGUUCUCCACUGAUGUGGCAUCACGUGGUCUGGACUUUCCUGCCGUCAAUUGGGUGGUGCAGUUGGACUGCCCGGAGGAUGUUUCACAGUACAUUCAUCGAGCUGGACGAUCUGCGCGGAACAAGACACGCGGCGAGUGUCUGUUGGUUUUGACACCCAGCGAGGAGGAGUACAUGAUUAGUGCGCUUAAGGAACAGUUGAAUAUCGACAUUCGUUGUGUGCAAAUCGAUCCCAAGAAGCUCUUCUCGCCGCGCGUCAAGAUCGAGGCCUUUCUGGCCCAAUUUCCCGAGCUGAGGGCAACCGCCCAGCGUGCCUUCCUCUCCUACAUAAAAUCCGUGUUCCUGAUGCGCAACAAGCGCUUGUUUAAUGUAUUCAGCCUGGAUCUAGAUGCAUUUGCCCAGUCGCUCGGCUUGGCGGUUACGCCGCGUGUUCCAUUCCUCGAAAAAUUCCUGUGGCGCCAGAAGCAGCUACAGCAGCAGAAGGAACAGGGUGAUAACGCAACAUCGAUCAAUCCAUUGCUCAGCAAGCUGACCAAGCAGCAGAGCUUUGGCGGCGGUGACGAGGAUGAAGAGAACAGUGAUGACGAUGACUUUAUCAAGGUGAAACGUAAGGAUCACGAUGUGGAAGGAGAGCCAGUGAAACUGGACGAAGAGGAGGGCACCGAGAAUGACGCAGAGGUCCCACUUGUAGUGCCCAAGCGAGAGAAGUUGGUAACCAAGGCCUCGCUGGCCAAGAAGGCGCUGAAGAAGAACCUGCAGGUCAACUCCAAGCUGAAGUUUGAUGACGAGGGCGAAACUAUGGCAGAUGAUCGCAGCCAAAUGAAGGCCUUGAGUGCCAGGCAAAGAACAGUGAACCAGGACGACGACGAUGGAGGCAUUAAUCUAGUGCUGUCCAAGGCGCUGCUCACCGAGGAGGAUCAAUAUGACAAGCAGCGGUUCCGGGAACUGGUCAAGAAGCGGCACAAACUGCAGCGCGAGAAGCUGCGCAAAAAGACGGAGGAGGCCAAGGGCAGCGACGAGGAAGAGGAGCAACAGAACGAUGACAAUGCCGACGAUGCUGGCAGUGAGAGUGACCAUUCAGUGGACCUCUCCUGGCUGCCGGAUCCCGACAAGGUCUACAAAAAUAAGCCUAACGGAUCGGAUCGAAAUGAAUCCAAAUCAGAGUCCAGCGAUGAUGCAUCCGAUGACGGGGAGGCUGACGACAGCGACGACGACGACAUCCUCGACGAUGAACCCGCCUACAAAAAGUCCAAGCUGACGAACAAGAUGACUCUAAUGGACACGGAAGCCAUAGCAGCCAGUCUUUUGGGUAGCUAAGUGGGGGAAUAAAUUAAUGCCAACUACUUUGUAAGAAUAACCAUGUAGUUUAAUAGAAGUUUGUUUUUAUGGAUACUUCAAUUACCGAUGCUUGUUUCAUGGGGCUCAAUUAUAAAGAAGUUAGAAGAUUAACCCUUUGCUAUUCCGUGGGUCAGCUAAAAAGAUACAUUUGCAUCUAUGAGGAUGUUCUGAAAUGCUUUUUUUUUGUCUUUUACCCCCAGUAAAAAGUCGCUUUUCAAAUGCUUCACAAAUAUUUGGAAAAUGCCCACAAAUUUA